AUGUCCUGGAACACGAACAAAACAUCGAAUAGCCCCGACCACAGGUACCAGCCAGUCUAUCAGCCAGGUCCCACUCCCAAUUACGCAGAGACUUCCUACGCGCCCCCGCCACAGCCUCCGUACGAUCAAACCUACGGUGGAGGCGGAUAUGGAGACCAGAAGUCGCCUUUCGAGGGCGACCGCUUUAAGCCAAGGCCGAGGAUCAAUGACCCCAUAUUCCUCAUAUUUUUCAUCCUCCAGUUCGCUGGGUUCACGGUUCUGUCUGCCAUCGUCAUCAAGCAGUGGAUAAAGAAUCGCGGCCUCGGCGGAGGCAUAGGCAGCGGAGACACCGGCAACGCCGUCACCCUCAACUACCAUACCGUUAUUCUGUUACUUCUCGUCACCGCUGCUGGGCUUGUGCUCGCGACCUUCUACCUCGCCCUCACCCGCUACUUCACCAGGAUGAUCAUGCACAUCACCCUCAUUCUCUCCAUCCUCCUCAAUAUCGGCAUAUGCAUCUACUACUGGAUCACAAAGUACUAUUCCGGCGCGAUUAUAUUCACGAUUAUCGCCGUACUAUCCAUCUUAUCGUACUUCGGCUUCCGCUCGCGCAUACCCAUGUCUGCGCUCCUGCUCCAAGUAGUCAUGGACGUCUCCAAGCACCACUGGAGCACGUACGUCGUGGCGUACGUCUCGCUCAUCUUGCAAGCCGCUCUAAGCGUAUGGUACACGUUUACUGUCAUCGGAACCUAUGCAAAGUGGACUCCUGGAAGCCCGUCAUGUAGCUCCUCCUGCUCGUCUAGCAAGGUCGCGGGCCUGAUCUUCUAUGAGACCUUUUCCUACCUCUGGACGUCGCAGGUCUUCGCCAACGUUGCGCUCGCCACACUCGCAGGCGGUCCCUACGGCGCGUGGUACUACUUCGGGCCCCGCGAGCAAGGCCUUAUGCCCAAGCACCCUGCGCUCUCUGCGUUCGGCCGCGCCUCGACGCUCUCGCUCGGGUCCAUCGCGUUCGGCUCGCUCAUUGUCACCCUCCUCGACCUGCUCCGCCUCAUCCUCAAUGCCGUGCGCAAUAACGCGAACUCGCAAGGACAUCCGGUGGAGGUCAUCCUGGCGCUCUGCGCGGAGUGCUUCAUUGGGUGCAUCGAGUGGGCGGUGCGGUACUUCAACAGAUAUGCGUACAUCGAGAUCGCGCUGUAUGGCAAGCCGUACAUCCAGGCCGCGAAGGAUACGUGGCGUCUCUUCAAGGAUCGCGGGAUCGACGCGCUGGUCAAUGACUCGCUCGUCGGGAUGACGCUGACCUGGGGCGCGUACGCGAUCGGCCUGCUGUGCUCGCUCUUCGGGUACCUCUACUUGCGUUAUACUCACCCGUCGUAUAACGCCGACGGGCAGUACACUGCACCCGUUAUGCUCUUCGCGUUUCUCAUCGGGCUGCAGUUGAUGCUGACAUUGGGUGCUGCGAUCGAGGCGGGCGUGUCGACGAUAUUUGUCGGGCUGGCCGAGGACCCACAGGUGCUUGCGAUGCGUGCACCGGAGCUGUUCGGGUUUAUUGCGGCGAAGUACCCGCAGGUCACCCAGGGCGUGCCGCGGGUGUGA